GGACUACGGCUCACGGUUACCUCUAUAUUAUGCUCGUAGUGUAGGACUACCGAAGCUCACAACAAUGAGCACAGUAUACAACCUCGAACCGCAACCUACCGCGAAAGUCCUCCUCCAAACCACCUCGGGCGACCUCGAACUUGAACUCUUCGCGACACAAACGCCCGUCACCUCGCGAAACUUCCUACAGCUAUGCCUCGAUGGGUACUACGACAAUACCGUCUUUCACCGCUUGGUGAAGGGCUUCAUCAUCCAAGGUGGUGAUCCUACAGGGACGGGUCAGGGAGGGGAGAGCAGCUACGAUGGCGACCCUUUCGCCGACGAGUUCCACAGCCGGCUAAAGUUCAACCGGAGAGGCCUACUAGGCAUGGCAAAUACGGGACAGAAGGACGACAAUGGGAGCCAGUUUUUCUUCACGCUUGGCAACACGCCAGAGCUGACGGGGAAAAACACCUUGUUUGGGCGGAUAGCUGGAGACACUAUCUAUAACUUGAUGAAGAUGGCCGAGGCCGACAUUGCCGACAACAGCGAGGAUAGGCCAUUGUACCCCACGAAGAUUACGGGUGCAGAGAUUAUAAUCAAUCCAUUCGAGGACAUGGUGAAGAGGGUGCGGGUGGCGCAGAGGACACAACCGGAAGCGAAGAAAGUAGUCAAGAAGCCAAAGCGGAAGGCUGGCAAGACAUUGCUUAGUUUUGGGGGUGAUGAGGGGGAGGAGGCAGCUCCUAUUCCGAAGAAACCCAAGUACAACGCGCAGCUUGUUAGUGCGGGAGAAGAAGCACUUGCAGCUUCGAGGAAGACUGCUAUGCCGAAGGCGCCAAGAGAGGAGAGAGCUAUACCAAUCCGAAAACCAUCUCGAAACGAGCCCUCACGCUCACCACCUCCUAAACGAGCCCCUCAGCCCGUACGCGACCCUCCACCUCAAGAUGAACGCCCCUCGUCUCCAUCGACCAUGUCUGGGGAAGAGUCACCCAAGCCACAGGAGCAAACACGAGUUGAGUCUGUGAAUGCGCAGAUCGCAUCUGUCAUAGCGUCAAUGAAGCGCAAGGCACCAGUUCAGAGCGCGGAGAUGAUAAAGAAGAAAUCAGCUCUCGAAGCAAUGAUUCCAUCAACUUCAACCCGCGGCCGGAAGAGGGGCGCUGCCGCCUAUAACGCCGCCUCAGAAAAGGCUACUCUAGAUAUCUUGUCUGCGUUCAAGUCGAAGCUUGAGUCUGCGCAAGUGGAAGACAAAAAGAUGCUCUCGCCACCACCAAUACCGGAAAGUGAAGCCCACCAAAAUGGAGGCCAUCAACUCAUCAAGCCCACAGCGCUUGUGACAGAGGAGGAAGUGCCUUGUGAUCUACACUUUAUCGUUGGGUGCCAGUCGUGCAGCGCAUGGGAUAAGCAGGACCAGGAUGAAUCAGACGACGAUGCCGGGUGGAUGUCGCAUCAACUAACAUUUGAAAAGGAUAGGCUGGGUAAAGAUCUGGAGUGGAAGCGGAAGAACGAGCAGGAGUUAGUGGUCAUUGAUCCGAGGGAGAAGGCACGGGAAUUGAAGGAGAAGGGAAAGGCGAAAAGGAGGGAAUGGGAUGGCUGAGUUUCCAAUAGGAUCCCGCGACAAACCUCUCCUGAGUCU